AUGGGAUCCGUGGCCGCCGACCCCCCGACCGCGCCCACCCAGGGCAAGGCCGCCGCCGUGCCGGAGGCCGUGAAGCGCGCGGUGGAGGCCAAGGUCUACGGCUACAUGUACUCCUUCACCGAGAUGGGCGCGGUGAAGCUCUUCAUCGAGCACAAGGUGUUCGCCGCCCUGCCCGCGGACGGCUCCGCCACCACCCUGGCCGACCUGGCAGCCAAGACGGGCGCCGAGUACAACAUGCUGGAGCGGCUCGCCAACUUCCUGGCGGCGGGCGACGUGCUCUCGGCCACCAGCACUGGCGGCGAGCGCUCCUACGCGCACGGCCGGACCUCGCGCUUCUUCCUCGACGAGGGCGUCAGCCUCAUGUUCAGCCACCUGUUCGAGAACUGCCUGCUGCCGGUGGCGCACUGGCCAGAGUACUUUGGCACGCACGGCCUCGCGGAGCCCAAGAAGGCCAACAUCACCCCCUGGGGCCUGUCGUGGGGCCACCCGGACAAGACCAACUACGAGGUGUUUGCCCUGUUCCCGGAGAAGGCCCUGCCGUUCAACGCGUCCAUGAAGGUCGGCGUGGCUGACAUGCCCAUCACGGGCAUGUACGACUUUGGCUGGAUCGCCAAGUAUGCCGCCGCUGCCUCUGACAAGAGCGACCGCACGCUGCUCGUCGACGUCGGCGGUGGCAUGGGGCAGGCCCUCAAGGCCAUCCUGGCCGAGAACCCCGGUAUCCCCGCCGAGCGCUGCGCGCUCCAGGACCGGCCCGAGACCAUCGAGGAGGUUGAGAAGGAGGCGGAUGAGGCGCUGGCGAAGGUGCAGAAGUUUGGUGCUAGCUUCCACGGGGAGGAGCCUGUCAAGGGCGCCCUGGUCUACCACAUCCGCCGCGUCCUAAACGACUGGCCCGACAAGGACGUCGUCAACAUCCUGAGCCAGAUCAGCGCCGCCGCGGCGCCAGACUCGCGCGUCCUCAUCUCGGAGCAGAUCAUCACCGAGUCCCCCUCGCAGAUGAUGGGCGCCGUGGACCUCUUCUUCAUGAACUUUGGCGGGAAGCGCCGCAGCGAGCGCCACUACGGCGAGCUGGCCGCCCAGGCCGGGCUCAAGCUGUCCUCCUUCUCCCGGCACGGGACGUCCGACUCGGCUGUUAUUGAGCUGGUCGUCGCUUAG